AAAGUGUGUCCUCACUGAACAUCCAGGAUGACAGGGAUUAUUCUGUUUCUCUUGUUUCUAGGGUUUCCACUUCACAACACAGAAGAGCGUGUUGUUAACGAGCUGUACAGCCUGAUAGAAAAGGGUCAGAGCAGCUUUGUGGAUCCAGCCCCGGGCAACCAGAGCAGGCUGGUGGUCAAAGAGCCCUCCCUGCCCAUCAAUGAGCUUCUAGAGAAAGGCAGCAAGACCGGCGAGUCCAAAUUUGCCCUCCAUCCUCUGCCCUCAGCUGUGUGGCCCAAGCACAGCGACCUGGCCCCCAUCCCUCGACACCACACUCCCCACAACAAGAGCAAGAAGGGCCCCAAGAGCGACCGUCUGCUGGAGCACAACAGCGAGAAAACCAGAGGAGAAGUUGUCGGUCUGCUUCCCAAAGCCCCGCUGACAGGAGCUACAGCCGCCGCCACCAACCGCACCGUGCAGAAGACCAACCAGGACACCCAGCCCAACAUCAGUCCUCCUCAGCAGAGCGAAGCAGAGGGACACCCCAACUCCAGACCCAGGGGCCCACCCCACUCACAGCCUCAGGCUCAGCCGCACCAACCGGCGCCCUCUCCGCGGAGAGAUCAACCCAACCGCCGACUGGACCCCGAGGAAAACCGGCCGGGGAAGUCCAGUCUCUAUCAGUCAGGCAUCGGCGCAGCGACCCGAAACAACAGCCGCCCGCCGGUCGUCUUCAACCGGCGCUCCUCCAGUCUGCUUUACCAGUUCGACAUCCUGAAGCGAGAGUCUGACUUCACACAUGACGCCUUCUGCAUGAGUGAGUGCAGGAAGGAGAAGGAGGAGAGAGAGUAUUACUGCUACAGUGAGUUUGCUGUCAAUGGGAUAGUGCACGACAUUGAGGUGUUGCGUAGAGGAAUACGGCUCAUUACGCUGAUGGUAAGCAGUGAUGGUUUCUACAAAAUGAGUCGUCUCUACGUGACCCCAGACAGCUUCUUCUUCAAAGUUCGCCUUCUGGUCCUGGACACGUACAAGUGCAGCAAACCCUGCCCUGACAUCAAACUUGGUACCAGAUACAUUAUAAUGGGUCAGAUCUACCACCGGAGGCGCCACCUUCCCAAUGACCUCCUGAACCUGCUGAGCGGUAAACUGAAGCCCGGAGACGGACUCCUGCGAAGCAACAACUAUGUCAAGAGGUUCAACAAACGGAGACACCAGAAAGCCCUGGAGGCCGCCCGCUCCAGGUGUCGGUGAACCACAGAUAAGACAAUUGCCCCCUUCUGCAGGGGAAGAGACAUUGCAGCUUAUGGGAACUGAUCAUAACUAACCGCUCAGUGUUGUGCGAGAGAGAGGACAUUUUUGCAGAAGGCACGGAUUUAUUUUUCAUAUGGACUGCUACGAUGUACCAUAAUGUAACAAAAUUAGUUUAUAGAAUGGGUAUAUUUUCUCAUUUUGGCAUCGUGUGGGCAUUUCUUGGUUUUACUCAUGUGUAUUUAACAACCUAAUAUUUGUCCUGAGAAAGAAACAAUGUCAUAUCA